AUGCUUGUGCAGCGGGAUAGCGUGUCCUGCGCGGCCAGUGCCCUGACCACUCUGUCUGCGGAGCAGGAUCGCCGUAAGCGCAAGGUGAAGCCGGAGUUGCCACGCCCCCGUAAGGUGACAUCGGCGGGCAGCGGUGUGAGGGGCGCAGGAGUGGUGCCGCCUCCGCCAAGCGACGAUGUGAUUGCCCGUCUUCAAAAGCCCAGCUAUCAGCGCGAUUUCCAGCCGUUGGCGCUUUACGGACCCCAUGGAGUGGGGUGUCAACUGCCAGCACAGGACGUCCUGACGCUCGCCGACGGACAGUGUCUGGCGGACACAGUGGUGGACUUCCACAACAUGUACCCGAAGCUGGAAGGUGGCAAAACAUGGUUUGCUCUGGACACGAAGGCGUUUACGUUCGCGAUAGACCUGAACAGGGCAUGGCCCCUUGGACAUGCGCCGUGUAUUUUCGCACAGGACUACCUCGCCAUCCCAGUGUUCUACGAGGGCCACUACUCGCUGGUCAUAGUGACGAACCUCCGCACCAUGGUCAGCGGGAAGCUAUCCGAGACUGCCGAGGGCGGCGUCGAGCUGGUGCAUUACGAUAGUGCACAGUUGCACACUAAUAAGCCAGAAGUGAUGGAGGGCGUCAAGAGGAUGCUGCUCCUUCUACACAAAGCUCAGCUGCCCACUGCCGACCGGAAGCAGGCGGAGGACCAUGUGAAGUAUGCCGAAGUCUACGUAAUGCAUUUCAUGACGUUCUACGGCGCGAAGUCCCACGCAUACCGGCGCCAGCUCCGCGAGGAGGUGUCCCUCCACGCCACAGGUGACCUUAUUGUGAAGCUGUUUGGGGAGGGUGUGGAUGUUCCCGUGCAGCCUCUUCCCCAGGUGGGAGAACACGGCGCCCUCGUCUUUCCCAAGGAGGACGAAGUCCGCACGGACCUCGCGAGGCAGUCAGGCAUGAUAGCCCGUAUGGAGAUUGGGGGUUAUGUUGUGUGUGCGGCUGUCAUGGGCCUGGCACGUUCGCUAGGCAUUUCGGAGGAACAACUGCUGAGUGGAGCGGCACACGAGCUUCAGGCACACAGGACGCCUCUGCUGACUCUGUCCACGUCCAAGAACCCCGUGGAGCACGCAGCAUCUAUGCGGACGCUCGGCAUGUCCAUCCACCCGGCUCCAUGUCCGCUUCCGCAGCCAUCGGUCCCGUCUGCGCAUUUCGAGGGGGCGUCACCCAGUAAUGGUGAGCCCACACCUGCUGAUGUCAGGCCCAAGAAGGAGAAGCAGGAUCUCCCAGCCGCACCCGUGACUCCGGCACCACAGCCGAUGGUCUCGCGCUCUGCCAGGUAUCGCCUCCGCACAGGUCAGCAGAUUCGGCUGGGCGCAUAUACUGUGGAGCUCGAUGCGGCGUAUGCGUAUGCCGCGGCAGCCUUUGUAAUCAGGCGUAAUGACCACAUCCAGCACGUGAAGGAGCUGACGGACGAGGAGAAGGAGUGCCUGGUGGGGUGUGUUCGCGACGACGUGCGUCAUCUGGUCAAGGCACGGAUGUGGUGGAGGUGGCGUCAGUGGAGGACAGCGCUGGCAGAGCUGGGCAUCGAGCGUGGUACUCCAUUCCCACUGGAAAACAGUGGCACUCGGUCGCCGGACAACAGCAGCAGCGAUGAAGACGUGCAAGACAGGAUGGGUCAUGGUGUGGAGACGGUUGACGGAACAGCUGCUUCCAGCGGAAAGGCUGGUCGCAGGCGCAAACGUCCUGUUCAAGACGUGGUCGAGGGCUCUGCACGAGUGGACGGGGAACCUGACGCACCUCCGGCGCCAUCAUCGGACGACGAUCCAAACGUGGCUCUCCCCAGACGUAACCUAGUCCACGCUCAAGACGAGGAUGGUGCGGAAGCGGAGAACAAUGCUGAUUCCGACGCAGAAGAGGAUGACGCCGGCGCGAGGCGUGAUCCCAAUGACGCACCGGUCACUCGUGAGGAGCUGCAGAGCAUGAGGGAGCUCCAUGAGGAGACGGCACGUGCGAUUGCAAGGUUGGAGACGGCGUUCAUUGCGAAGCCCAAGGAUGACGGCAGUGCUAAGAAGAGGAGGAGGCGCAAGCGCGGCUCCGGCAAGGGAAAGCGCCGGAAGGCGCGGCGGGCACGCUCCACGUCAGAGACGGCGUCCGAUGAGGAGGGGGGGUUCGACGACGAGGACGAGGGCCACCUUCGUCACUACCCAUCUGCCAUUAUGCAGGAGGCGCUUGACCUACUCCCGACCGACAAAGGCUGGAAGGAAUUAUGUGAGCAGGCACGCACCGAGCUGUUCGUUCGGCGCUCCAACGCACAGCUGACGUUCUACCCCAGCAGCGCCGCCAAAACUUGGGCCAUCUGUGCAGUCGUGGAUAACCUGACGGAAAGCUAUGCAAGCGUGGCUCUCGCGGCGUGCAAGGCAAGUCGGGUCGACCUGAACAGGUCGUGCAGCGACUGGAAGACAGCGGCGGCAGGGAGAGUCCGAGACAUCGGGCUGCCGAAGAUUGGACUUUUUCGCCACGAACGAGACAUGAAGAGUCCAUGGGCGACCAAGGCGAGGCGCACCCUCUCCCGGAUCCGAAAUAGGGUCGGCCUUGGCGACGUACUGGUGGGAAAGCUGCGGCUGUUUAGCUGGAGUUGCUCCCGUGAAGGGAUGCCGUUCGCGUCUGGGGCGUUUACGGCCUGCGCGCGUGCGGUGUUCAAGCCAAGGAUGGUCAACGGGACUGUGACACUGAAGCUCUACCACGUGGCAUGGCUGGAGCACGUGAUGCGGUCAAUCACUGGGAGGAGCGCCAGGGUCGCUUCGCCAACCCAAUCCGCGAGCACCAACGCGCAGAUAGUGGACGGCCUCCACGUCCUUGUCAAGGCUGCUGUUAGGGCCGCCAUCGCGGAUUUCCGACCAGCAUAUGACGAGGCGUCCCAGAGCUGGGAGUGGGGCCGCCAUGGUCUCCGCAUCUCGGCUGACGGCAUCGCCGCCGUCGAAGCAGUGACCGCAGAGGCAAGCGUCAGUCGCGGUACUCCGCAGGCCUAA